CCCUUUACUUCGCCCUCAUCAGAUCAUCCAAGUCUGUUAUGCCUUACACUCAGGAAAGCGGGGGGUCAAAGGCCCCGAGUGUGGGGCUUAUUGUUGCAGCCGCGAUAGUAUUUCUCGCGUUGUUUAUCCUUUUGCUGUUCCGGAACUUCAGGCUUUCUUCAAGAGUCGGGAACCGUAGUCUCCCGAUUGCAAUUCCUACCGACUCGCAGUGGUCCUCCACUAUUGAACGUCUUCCAUGGAGACCUUAUUUUCUCCGAUGGGUCUGCCCUCUUCCCUGGAACGUCGAUUCGCAUCGCAUGCCAACUAUCGCUACUGCCAUUACACUGCUCCAUAACAUUGCCUCUCGUCCUGAUGUUGCGAUGGAUCAUUCCAUGGGGGCUAAUGACCCUGAGGGUGGGACGUUGUCAACUGUGGACGUUGCCAUACCCCGUACUGGAUCUCGUCUGACGUGAAUGAGAACCAAAUGAAAUUCAUUUGUUCGGAAGGAGCAUACGCUAUAGAAACCCAUAUAAUGGUUCUUGUUUUGUCUAUCCACACCUUUUCACCCUAUCGUCAGAAUGGUAUAGUUGACUGUAGAGACAAUGC